UUGAUUAUCAGCGCUCAACGAUUUGGUGAUGACGUUUAUUGGCAUCCACAAUGUUUCAUUUGUACGGACUGUGAGAAUUUACUGGUCGAUUUGAUCUACUUCAAACAUGGAGCUGAUGUAUUCUGCGGUCGACAUCAUGCCGAACACAUUAAACCUCGAUGUGCUUUCAUUCUGUGCAUUCACUACAUGCAAAUGUUUAUGUUUGAGUUGGCUUUAUGUGAUGCGAUUACAAGAAUUGUUCUGAUUGAUAUAGUGAUGAGUUGA